UGCACGGAGAGACGGGAGAGACCAGAAGAGACCGGAGCCGUAAAUACGAUGUUCACCGACGAAACAGGCUAGUUUGUCGGUAACAGUGCUUGACCGAUUGUCGUUUAGUGACUGACAUAACGCUUGUCGUCGAAGGAUACGGGAUAUCUCUUUGUUUUUCUUUAAUUCUCUUCUUGUUUUCCUCUAUUUUCCCCCACUUAAACCGGGCCACCGAAGAGAUUGUUUUAAAAAUGUCAGACAACGAGGGCAAAUCGUGGUGUCAUUCCCGUCAAACCUGCGUGGUGCAACCACUCUUGACAGAUUUAUAUCAAAUUACAAUGGCAUAUGCUUAUUGGAAAAGUGGAAAAAUGAAUGACCAUGCUGUGUUUGACUUAUACUUUCGCAAAAAUCCAUUUCAAGGGGAAUUUACCAUCUUUGCAGGAUUAGAGGAAUGUAUUAAAUUUUUAGAGAAAUUUCAAUAUUCUGCUAGUGAUAUUAAGUAUUUGAAGUCAACAAUGCCAUCUUCAGUUGAUCAAAGGUUCUUUGAAUACUUGAAAGAUCUCACACCAAAAGAUGUUACAAUAUAUGCCAUGGAGGAAGGCUCAGUAGCUUUUCCCAGAAUACCAUUACUAAGAGUAGAAGGUCCAUUAAUAAUGGUACAACUUUUGGAAACAACACUGUUAACCUUAGUAAACUAUGCAAGCUUAAUGGCAACUAAUGCAGCCAGGUACCGUAUGGUUGCUGGGAAAAAUAUAACAUUGUUAGAAUUCGGCCUUCGAAGAGCUCAGGGUCCUGAUGGUGGAUUAAGUGCAUCCAAAUACAGUUAUAUAGGUGGUUUUGAUGGUACCAGUAAUGUAUUAGCUGGAAAGCUUUACAAUAUUCCUGUAAGUGGAACACAUGCACAUGCAUAUAUCACAUCUUUUACUGGCAUUGAUGAUCUGCAAGAAAAAACUUUAGCGCAUAAAGAGACAGGAGAGGUUUACGACAUUCUGGAGUUAGCUUACAAACAUCGGGAUUCCAUUGCAGCUGAUGUAGGAACACUAGUUUCUGAAGCUUCUAGUGGAGAAUUAGCUGCUUUAAUUAGUUACGCUAUUGCUUUCCCGCAACGAUUUGUUGCUCUUGUAGACACGUAUGACGUGAAAAGCGUCGAAACCACGGCCAAGAGACAGGCACAUAUAGCCAGCCUAAAUCUAAAGAAUAAACGUCUAACAAAUGGGUCCAAUUCACAUGCCCAAAAUGGUGUCAGAAACAAUCCGGUUAUAUCAGAAACGACUUCACAUCACAAGAAUGGCUUUUUAAGACGAGGCGAAUUGGGUGAGCUCUAUGUGAGGAGUGGUCUUCUAAACUUCUGUGCUGUGGCAUUAGCUCUAAACGAUUUAGGGUACAAAGCAAUUGGUAUCAGAAUUGACAGUGGUGACUUGGCAUAUUUGAGUAACGCAGCUAGAGAUAUAUUCGAAAGAAUUGCUAUCAAGUAUAAUAUACCUUGGUUUGCUAAGUUGAUGAUUUGCGCGUCGAAUGACAUUAACGAAGAAACUAUUUUAAGCUUAAAUGAACAGAGCCAUAAAAUUGAUUGCUUUGGAAUCGGUACGCAUUUAGUAACGUGUCAAAGACAGCCAGCGUUGGGUUGUGUUUACAAAAUGGUUGAGAUUAAUGGCCAACCUAGAAUUAAGCUCAGUCAGGAAGUUGGUAAAGUAACAAUACCAGGAAAGAAAGAUGCGUUCAGAUUGUAUGGAACAGAUGGAUACGCUUUGAUUGAUCUCUUGCAGAGAUCUACCGAGGAAGUUCCACAAGUAAAGCAAAAAGUUCUUUGUAGACAUCCGUUUCAAGAAUCAAAGAGAGCUUAUGUUAUUCCAACGCGAGUAGAAUCGUUACAUAAGGUAUAUUGGAAAAACGGUAAACUAUGUGAACCACUACCCACGUUGCAUGAAAUACGAAACAGAGUUCAGGAAUCCUUAAGAGCACUGAGGAAUGAUCACAAGAGAAACUUAAAUCCUACACCAUAUAAAGUUUCUGUCAGUGAUGAUCUGUAUAAUUUUAUACAUGAUUUAUGGCUUCAAAAUGCACCGAUUGGCGAGCUCUCGUGAAGCUAUGACUAGAUCACGAUUGUAAACGGGUAGAAGGAUAAUAUAACAUAGACAGUGUAGUCGGAUGGUCUACACAUCAGAUUAUACCAAGGGUUUCAAAA